UAGGCCACCGUACCCCAACCCCUCUCUGUAGAAGUUGUAACUGGCUAGGCAUGUAGGCAGCUACUAUGCCAGCAACUCCAAGUCUGUACGUAGGUGACCGUGAACCGUAUGAGUUGUUGAUCCUAGGUUGUAGCUGUUACAACCCGAGUUAUGAUCUUCCGCCAUCUUCUAGUGAAGCACAAUGUAGAUAUCUAAUUUCGAGAGAUUUUGGUUACCGAUGUUGAAGAGGUUGAUCUGCUGCAAGACUCAGAUGGAGAUUGCGGGGAUUUUCUA